GAUGCAUAUUGGUGGUUCCGACAAUAAGGGACUGGUGCAAUCGGGUGUGGUAACAAAACGACAAACAAUUUAAAUUGUGUUUUUCGAACAGCACGUAGAUCGAGUACUGUGCAUUGCGAGCUGCUGAGAUCCAUGGAAAUUUGACAAGACAAUCGAAAUUAUGGCAAGAGUUCCCGGAACAUGAUGUUGGACUACUCAUCAGUCAGAUUUUACCAGCUACAGCCUUACACUACAGGCGGCACAGCGUCACCUUCACUUGUUCACAUAUUCAGUAAGUUAUACUAACUCUUAAGUACAUGUAGAAGAAAUCAUCAUGCCCCUGCCUAAACAAGGGAAGCAAGACGGGAAGGACCUCCCAACAGUCAAAAUCUCUGGGUAUUUCCCUAGAUACAAUUCUUCUGAAUCAAGACCACAGGGGAGACCUAAUGACGAAGAUGAGGAUAACUAUAUCUAUGACGAGGAUGACUUUAAUGAGUUCAAUGAAGACUUUGAGUGUAUAUCCACUCCAACAAGGGAGCGUACCAUGAUAAAGAAAGGGGGCAAGAACAAAGAGAUCAAAGUCAAGGGAAAAUUCCUGCUGGAUGGACCUUGGUUCAUCAUCUCCUUUGAUGCUAUUUUGGUGAACAAUGUCUACCAUGUUCAGGGGACACCUACAUACUCACUCCGAAUGGAGAUGGGGAAGAAUGGCGAGGUCAUCCUGGACAAGCUGCUCAGGUAUGCUUUGGGCUUUCCAAGCCCUGGGGACCAGAUGAAGGAAGCCUUUCUGACCUACUUCAAUCAGUGCCGUAGUAAGAAUAAGGUGAAGAACUUCACCUUCAAUCAGUUCUUCAAGGCAUUGGAAGAAGCCCUGAAGAUGGAGGUAGUAGCCGACGUACAGUUGAUGCGGGCAGCUAAGACAAUGAUCGAUCGGUUCGAUCCAUUUAACGAAUGCUUUCGUGGUGUACCUCAUGACCGGGAGAAGGAGGAGGAGAAGAAGCAAUCCAAAUUUGACCUACGGUACCUCUACAGAUGUUACAAGUGUCCGGUACUCUUCAGAGUGCUCCCUCGGUUGAUGGAGAAGGAAGCACUGGCUAUCCUGUCAACAGAUAGAUUGAGCGACCUGGAAAUGCUUGAAUCGGUGCUCAAAAACUCCCCAGAAGACCUAGGGUUUUAUACGACCAUGCAAAAGCACGGCUGGGGAGGGUUAGAGGCUUCCUUCCAAGGCUUCGUGAAAGCUGGCUUGAUUCCAGCCAACCUCUUCAAAUGCACCCAAGACUCUACACAACAAGGCCCAUCCUCCAAACCACCCAGUAACCAGAAGUGCCACCAUGAUGAACCCUCUACAUCCACUGCUCACCAGGACAAUGCAGGGACCUCAUCAUCCAGACAAACUAAAAGACCAUUACCUUUAUCCGUCACGAUGGCAUUGAUCCUGAAGGUUUAUGACUUGGUCAAGUUCUUAUGCAGGGAAGGAAAACACACAUUUGUGAAGGAUGACAUGAUGAGAAAAGCUUGGCAUAGAGAUGCCUGUCGGAAUGUUACGUUUGAUCGCAUCAAAGAGGAUCAUUUUGUGGAGCUUCAGAAGAGAGAGGUGGUGACUAUCGAAAAAAGAAUACCCCAAUUUGAAACAAUGUACCAUUGGACCAAAUAUCGCCGAUAUGAGGAGAAGAUUGCAUAUGCACUGGUAUCAGAUCUGCUUAACCAAACUGUUACCAAUCAGUCUACCCCACCCACAGAAGAAUUCUCAGAGUUCAACCUCGAUGAAUACCAACUCCCGGCUGUCAUGCAUAUGUGGAAGUCUCCCGUGUCGAUCAUCCUCGGCAGGGGAGGCUGUGGCAAGACUCAUGUUGUAGCCUCCUUUGUUACCAAGUACCUCGAAGACAGGGAGAAUAAAAUGAAGCUUGAGAUAGAGAAAGCUGCACAAGAAAGUAACCAGGAAGCUACUGAUGAGGCUUCAGAUGGAGAGGAGAAGGAGGAGAAAGACAAAGAAGAGGACGAGAGCAACGAUAACAGAAAUAGAGUAAGAAUUGAGGCAAUGGAUGAACCACUGGUCCUCCUGACGGCCCCUACCGGCCGUGCAGCCUCCAUCAUCGGAAGACGCACCGGUCUUAAAGCGAAGACGCUUCAUAGCGUUUCGGGUACCGCCCGCAUGUCUGAACCAGAGUACUUCAUCUACAAGAAGGUUGAGAUCCUUGUCGUUGAUGAAUGCAGUCUGGUUCCAAUCUCUGUCUUGUCAGGAGUCUUGAGUUCACUUCUUAGACAUAGUCUCAAGAAGGUCAUCUUCCUUGGAGACCCUCAUCAGCUUCCUUCCAUCGAUCCCGGAAACUUCCUUCAAGACAUUAUAAAAGUGUUUAAGAAAACCAACAGUGACUGUAUCCAUACACUAAAGAAAAACCACAGGACCGAUGAGGGCGGCAGACUUAUCAAUGAGAACUCGAGGAAAAUUGCCGAAGAGAAACGGAGCGACCUUCAAUUUCAACCUGACAUGUUUGAAUCGUUGGACACCUCAGCACGUCAAGCUGGAAAUGGUCUAGAUCAAACGAUAAAGACCUUGCUCGAAAGCAAGCCCCAACUCAAAGAUGACAGAAACUCACAGUUUGUCGCAUUCAGAAACGUUGACGUCAAGGACAUCAAUGGGAUUUGCUGCCGUCGCUACGCUGCCCAUGCCCCGUAUAAGAAAGGAGGCAGGCUUGACCUCCACAUCCACGACAAGAUCUGUGCUCGAAAGAACGGCACUAUUGUAGUCCAUGGGGAAUAUGAUCCAAAGGCCAAGGAGAAGAAGAAGAAAGACAGAGAGAGGGACAGUGAGGCAGGCACAAGCAAGGAUAAUGGGGAUGAUAGCUGUAGAAUCAGACGCAUCAAUAAUGGAGACACUUUCUUCAUCAAAAAUUGGAGGGUAGAGGAGGAAAAGAACAAGAAGAGGGAUAUCGUUACUCUGCAGUCAUUGGAUGAAGAAGAAGGGAAGGUGUUUGAGGUCGACUUGAGAGAUCUGAUACGAAAGUUUAAGAUAGAGUAUGCUUGGGCUCGGACUAUCAAUACCUACCAGGGUUCUGAGACAGACCACAUCGUCUACGUCCUCAGUCCGAACUCUUCUUACGAGAACCGGCAGCACCUCUACACUGCCAUCACAAGAGGGCGCAAAGGAUGCAUCAUCAUCGGGACACGAUCCCGCCUACACACAGUCAUCAAGCAGGAUCCUAGAGAUAGACUCACAAGUCUAGCAAGGUUCCUAACAGAGAACCUUGCUGAACCCCUGUUCUCAAGGUGUAAUUAUCCUGGACAGGCGGAUCCAAGAACACCAGAAAGACCAGCACCAAACAACUUCUCUGGGUCUAACACAGGAGUUUCAGCAUCAAGCCCAUGCCUGAGGAGUCAGGCACAAGAAUGGUCUGUGAGGAGAUCACCUUUACUCCUACCAGCAGGUUCAAUUCAAGCUACUCCUGCAUCUGGUCAACACCAACCAAACCAGUGGAGAUGUGAAGAGCUCGCCAACAGUCUUAUAUCCAAUGGCCAUUCAACCUCAAGAGCAGUUCCAGUCUCUGGAUGUGAGUCAUUUUCAAGAUCCAAUGGUCCAUCAACCUCAAGAUCUGUUCUUGACGCUGGAUGCGGGUCAUCUUCUCUUGGGUGCAUGUCGUUAGUGGUCCCUGUAAGUGGAGGUGGUCCAUUAGCACGAGCCACACCUGCUUGCAAUCAACUAUCAGGAAACUCCAGAGGUAGCCCAUCAGGUCCCUCCACUGCAAAUACAGCCCCGCCAGGAACCACUAAUAGAAGCCCAUCCGUAGGUCCCUCAUCUACACACAAAGCACGACCAGUUACCUCUGAUAGAAGUAACCCAUCCAUAGCACUAACAGGAACCUCUAAUGGAUGUAGCCCAUCAGUAAGGCCCUCAUCUGGAUACCAACAACUACCAGGAAACUCCAGAGGUAGCCCAUCAGUAGGUCCCUCCACUACAAACACAGCCCCACCAGGAACCACUAAUAGAAGCCCAUCCGUAGGUCCCUCAUCUACACACAAAUCACGACCAGUGACCUCUAAUAGAAGUAACCCAUCCAUAGCACCAACGGGAACCUCUAAUGGAGGUAGCCCAUCAGUAAGGUCCUCACCUGGAUACCAAUCACUACCAGGAACAUCUAAUAGAAGUAGCCCAUCAGUAAUGCAUUCAUCUGAAUACCAAACACCUGCAGGAAACUCUAUUGGAUGUAGCCCAUUAGUAAAGCCCUCACAUGGAUGCCAACCACUACCAGGAAACUCCAGAGGUAACCCAUCAGUAGGUCCCUCAACUGCAAACACAGCCCCACCAGGAACCUCUAAGAGAAGCCCAUCAGAAGGUCCGUCAUCUACACACAAAGCACAACCAGUGACCUCUAAUAGAAGUAACCCCUCCAUAGCACUAACAGGAACCUCUAAUGGAUGUAGCCCAUCAGUAAAGCCCUCACAUGGAUACCAACUACUACCAGGAACCUCUAAUGGAUGUAGCCCAUCAGUAAGGUCCUCAUCUGGAUACCAACCACUACCAGGAACAUCUAAUAGAGGUAGCCCAUCAGUAAGGCCGUCAUCUGGAUACCAACCACUACCAGGAACAUCUGAUAGAGGUAGCCCAUUAGUAAGGCCCUUAUCUGGAUACCAACCACCUGCAGGAAACUCUAGUGGAUGUAGCCCAUCAGUAAGGCCGUCACCUGGAUACCAAUCUACACACCCACCACCACCAGGAACCUCUAAUGGAUGUAGCCAGUCAGUCAGGACCUCGUCUGGACUGCAACCACCACCAAUAACAUCUAAUAGAGGUACAUGUAGCCCAUCGCCAAGGCCCUCACCUGGUUGCCAACCAUCUGCAGGAAACCCUAUUGGAUGUACAUUUAGGCUAUCAGUUGGUCCCUCACCUGGACACCAACAACCACCAGGAACCUCUAAUGGCCCUAGCCAGUCAGUAAGGUACUCACCUGGAUACCAACCACCACCAGGAACCUCUAAUGGCCCUAGCCAGUCAGUAAGGUCCUCACCUGGAUACCAACCACCACCAGGAACCCCUAAUGGCCGUAGCCAGUCAGUAAGGUACUCACCUGGAUACCAACCACCACCAGGAACCUCUAAUGACCGUAACCAGUCAGUAAGGUCCUCACCUGGAUACCAACCACCACCAGGAACCUCUAAUGGCCGUAGCCAGUCAGUAAGGUCCUCACCUGGAUACCAACCACCACCAGGAACCCCUAAUGGCCGUAACCAGUCAGUACGGUCCUCACCUGGAUACCAACCACCACCAGGAACCUCUAAUGGCCGUAGCCAGUCAGUAAGGUCCUCACCUGGAUACCAACCACCACCAGGAACCUCUAAUGGCCGUAACCAGUCAGUAAAGUCCUCACCUGGACACCAACCACCACCAGGAACCUCUAAUGGUCGUAGCCAGUCAGUAAGGCCCUCACCUGGAUACCAACCACCACCAGGAACCUCAAAUGGUCGUAGCCAGUCAGUAAGGCCCUCACCUGGAUACCAACCACCAAGGUCCUCACAUGCAUACAUCUCAUCAGGAACAUUGCCUGCAUGCAACCCUGUAGCAGGAGCCUCAUCUGCUCAUAAUUCAUCAAGACAUGUCCCUCUGGGCGAUCAAUCCAUGGCAGUGGAUCUUCCUACACCAGUAGCAACAGAAGAUAUUCAGCCAGAAGUCAGAGCCAAACCCAACCGAGACAGACUGUCAAGGAAGCGUAAAGUCAGAACUGUUGCUUCUAUGGUCAACCAACAGGUGUCGUCCAUCAACAGUGGUGCUGUGCCAGUGGGUUCAGGAGAACCCAAGAAGUUUUGUGCAAGGGGAUCAUCUCUUGCAAUGAGUUCAGAGUCUGAUGUAGCCGGGGGGCAGAUGCAGCUGAAGAGGGAUCCAACAUCCAUUGAGAAUGGUAGAGAACAGGCAAGAGCAAAAGAGACAUCGCCAGGACUGGAUGAAAGAGAGUUGCCUUUCACUUCUGUUCUUCCCAGGGAACAAACUUUGGUAGUUCCAUCCAGGUGCAGGACAGAUGGUGAUGAGAAAAAGCCCCACUCCACAUCACCCCGCAGCCACUUGAAGCGUUCAAGUGACACCCUAAACGAAGAUGUUCAAGGUGUGGCUACAGGCAGCAAAGUGAAGAGAUUAGCUACUGAUGGACAGGAAUCAACAGUAUCAUCUUCUAACUAUGACAGAUUGAGCCACAAUGAUACAUCCAUUUGCCCAAGGAGGGCAGUGGAUGUCAGAGAGUCUCCUAAAAGGCUGAAUAGUUGCUCCAGAUCACCCUUGAGAAGUCUGCCUUCUACAUCUAGUAAUGUUCUAAAACCUGUUUCCUCUAAAUAUCCACAGGGUAAGGAGAAAUCUCAAAUGAUUUCUGAGAUCAACGAAAUGCAGACGUGUUCUUCCAAGAUUCAGUCCAUGCAACAGUCAUCAGAAAACAGCCAAGAGGUCCAAAUAUGUGUUCCAGGUCUAUAUAGAGGGCGAUUCCGGUUUGUGAGACGGCUCUACAGUCAAGACAGCGAAGACCAAUCAUCCCAGCAUAGGAAGUCAACUGGAUGGAAGGAAGAAUGUCCAUUUGAAGAUAGUGAAGAUAUAGAAUUAUCCCAGUUUCUCUUGCAGCCACCAUGUGCCCCUCAGGUCCAUCCUCUGCUGAACAGACUGGAAGAAUGCCAAGAAGAUGGUGAUGAUGAUGAUGGUAGUGAUGAGAGUGAUGACACUCUUUUAUCCUGCUCAUCAGAUGAAACCGUGUUCUCUUCCAGUGGUACAAGUCCUUGCCUAGGAACAAGUGGUGGUUUUGAUGAUGAUGAUGAUGAAGAUGAGGAACUGUCACAAUUCCUCUUUCAACAUCCAAGUUUGCAGAUACUCUAAUUUCUAAAUAAGCAUCGGAAUACUUGCUUAUGCUUACAUGUAACACAAGAUCUUAUCAGAUGUCCUAUGUAGUAGUAAAUCCCAAAGUCAGGGAGAUAAAGGCAUAGAAGACUGAAUACUUGGCAUAUCCAGCUAUUCUGGAUGGUGCAUGUGAAUUAGGGCGGUCUUGACACCAAGGAUUGGUGUGAAGUGUAGUAUGUAUGUAGGCAAAUCAUGAAUCGGGUGUGUCGGUAAUGUCGAGUAAACACUGCUGUAGUUUACAUUGUGCAAUAAAUAGCAAGCAUUCAUAUUUUUCAAAUUUAUUGACUGCCUAGAUAGAUGAUAUGCAUUUUUUAGAUGAAACUUCAUCAAUAUCUUGCUACAAAAAUCAUGUUGCAUCAUUGAUGUAUUCCAAGUUAUACAGAUUCAAUGUCUUGUGUUUUUACUUCUAAUCAUGGGUACUUUUACAAAGGAAGUUUUGUAACACAUCACAAGGAUGAAAAAGAAAGUGAAUAUUUUUAACUAAAUAGUGGGGUAUGGAUUCAGUUAGACUAAUCUGCUCCUCCCAAAUUUGAAAACGGUGUUUAUGUAUUGUAUUUAGUAAUUACCAUUGUAAUACUAGACUAUAAUUAUUUAACAUUCAUUGAAAAUUGUCUUUUUUAAUUCAUAUUUUUAUCCACCCUCAUUUGAAGGGAAUGGAAAUAUCAAUUGUAAUUGAUUUUUUUUACGUAUUUAGAAUGAUUAUGUAAAUCAUGAGAUCGAGAUUCUUGACAAAAAUACAAUACAUUUUAUAAUGUAUUAGAAUUCAAAAUGAGCUUUAACCCAUCCGUUUUCAGCAUAAACCUUUGCUUUUGCAAACCUUCCAAAUAUUGAAAUUUUGGAAUAUUCAAACCUGGUUUAAAAUAUUUAUAACCGUAUUAUAAACCAAGCUCUUCACUCACAAGACCUUGAAGCAGGAAUCGUGCUCAAGAAGAAUAGUCUCAAAAGCAUGUAGUAUGAUGAAAUAUGGAUAUUUUUAUUUAUUUUGCAAUAAUUCUAGUUAUCUAUGCAUUAUUAUAUCCUACAUAGAUUGAAUCCUGUAUAGUGAUUGGUUCAAGUAGCAUCAUGUGACCGAAUAUAUUUCAACUAUGAUGUUGCGUGACGUCAGACCUCGAUAUAUUUUUGGAUAUACCAAUAUUCUGACGUCAUUAUUUCACAAAACUAGAUAUCUCGGCGCACCGGCUUGCGCGCUCUCUCUCCCGGGCGCGCAAGUCCAGCGCGAUGCGUCAGCGCAGACACUAAUCUGCGUUCCGCUGAGCGCGGUGGCUCGGAGAAAAGUAGGUAAUUCAACGCAAGUAACAGGACUUUGCAUGCUCAGCGCAUAGAUUUUGGUCAUAAAUUAUUAAAAGUAGGACAUAAAACAAAUAUAUCAGGCGUUUCAUUCGAAAGCAUAGUGGGAAUUAUUAAUCCUCGGUUGGACUGGCAAAAAUACUAUAUUUCCCUCGGGGCUUUGCCCCUCGGGAAAAAUAGUAAUUGCCAGACCAACCUCGGAUAAAUAAUUCCACUAUACUUUCUCAUAGCCUGAUAUAUUUGUUUACUAUCUGUGGGCAAUAUUGAAAUGUAUUUUCUAGUCAUGUAAUUUAUUACACAUUGUUAUUUUACUCUCUGUGCAAAAGUGUAUUGUUGGUGGAGCAUAAUGCAUCAGGUAUCAUGAUUAUGACGAGCCCCUCUAGUUCGUUAUUAAUGAAUAGUGGUCUCUCUUUUCAUUUUAAACAGUAUUACCAAUCUAUAUUUCUACAUUCCAUAACUUUAUAUUAGUUAUGUUGAACUUUGUGUAGAUAUUGUAAAUUUUUAGAAUUUUUGACUUUUAUUUUGAAUUUCUAACUAAAAUGAUUCUAAUAUUAUAUGAUUUAAAUUUUCAAAUAAGAAAGUCUAAUACAUUUCAAAAUUGAGGAAUUUCUCUGAAGGUUGCACCCCCCCCCCCAUUGGCAUUACUGAUAUUGCCUUUGUGUAUGCAAAUAAAGGUAAAAGGGGACCCUUUUUAAUUUUCUUGAUAUUCUAAAUUGCUGCCAUUGACCCCUGUAUAAUCAUAUUAUGUACAUUGUACAGUGUGAAUGAGAAAAAAAAUCAUUUUCACGAAAGUGAGCACUAAAAUGUAUGUAAAAUUUUGUUAUGUGAUCUUUGAGUGAAAACAUGAUGAUUGCUAACAAAAUAUCAUAAAUAUCAUUACUUAUCUCAUGUAUGUGAUAAAUGCUGUUUUUAUAUUCCAAAUGGCUGCCAUACGUCCCUCACUAUAUUAUGAACAGUUUGAGUGGGGCAAAUCAUUUUUUACAAAAUUUAGCUUUGCUUGACUACAAAAUGCCUACAGUGAUGUACGAGUGAAAUUUACUGUCUGGCAACAUAAUUCUGAAGAGAUAAAUCAUUUCUUUUGCCAUAUCGAUCACAAAUACUGGAUUUUGGAAUUCAAAAUAGGUGCUAACAGUAUCAUGUACAAUGUGAAUGGGGAACUAUACUUUUUCACAAGAGCAGUCACCUUGAAAUGCAUGUAAUUGUGAUCUAUUAGUAAAAUAUUAUUUCCCUCCAUGCUCUACCCAUAUAGAACAUGGCCUUCAAAGGACAUUACACAUUUUUACCUGCACAUUUUAAUUUCUACAAAUAUCCAAGCAAUAUACAGUGUGUACCCUUGUGAUGAUAUGAAGUUCCUAAUAAAUAUAUUUAUUUGCUACCAAUA